UCUAGGAGCAUUCCGGAUGGAGAAAUACGUGAAUUCCAGUCUCCCGGCGUAUGAGGAGAACCCCAGGCAUGGUACGCUAUUCAAACUAGGCGGUGUCUCGCCCGAUAAUGCCGUUCACAACACGGAUGAAGCAGUCAAGUUCGUGCAAAAUCGAAUCGAUAAAGGGGUCGAACUGCAUCAAGAUCAUCGCUGAUUCCCCAGGCCAUGAGCAAGCUGUUCUAAAUAAAAUUCUUGUCGAGGCAAAAAAGCACGGAAAAAAGACUGCUGCUCAUACAGCUCGGUAUGAUAGUAUAGUAUCGUUGGUAAGAUGAUCAGCCAGAAGACGAUUACGGUACCAACACUAUCGAUGAUAGAAGCCAUGACCAGCAGUUGGAUUGUGUGGAGAAUUAGCUGGGUCAUGGAGGGAUUGAGGGGGAGGAAGUUCCAGUAUUCACUAGAUAGCGUGACGGCGAUGCGCGACGCAGGUGUGCCCAUCCUCGCCGGCAUAGAUGCGAACAACAGCGGUAUCGUCACGAUCGUGGCCGGGAAAUCAUUGCAUCACGAAUUAGAGCUGCUCGUACGUGCUGGAUUAUCACCUGUUGAAGCCCUGAGGGCGGCUACGUCGUUGGCUGCGCAGCAUUUUAAUCUCCCAGGUCGGGGCCGAAUCUCACCUGGCCUUAGGGCCGACCUCGUUCUGGUGGAGGGUAAUCCGGACGAAGGUAUCGAGGGUUUGGAGCAAUGGCGAUCAAGUAGCAGGUAGUUGCGGUGCCACAAGGAACCAUUUUAGGAAGCUGCGCGGUUACCUAUGUAGGUAGAUUCUUCAGCUAGUCAGCUAGUGCGAUAGUGCAAUAGUGCGACGUAUCAUUAACACGGGCGCGAUGGAGGGC